UCCGGGCGCUCGGGCAGGACGGCCUCCGCCGCAGCUGCGCCGCGCUCGCGCCAUGCAGCGCCUGGCCAUGGACCUGCGGGUGCUGUCCCGGGAGCUGGCGCUCUACCUGGAGCACCAGGUCCGCGUCGGCUUCUUCGGCUCGGGCGUGGGCUUGUCGCUGAUCCUGGGCUUCAGCGUCGCCUAUGCCUGCUACUACCUGAGCAGCAUUGCCAAGAAACCCCAGUUAGUGACUGGAGGCAAGAAUUUCGGCCGCUUCCUCCAGGACCACUGUCCCGUGGUUACAGAAACCUAUUACCCGACAGUAUGGUGCUGGGAGAGCCGAGGACAGACACUGCUAAGACCCUUCAUCACUGCCAAGCCCCUGGUGCAGUACAGGAAUGAACUCAUUAAGACAGCAGAUGGAGGACAGAUCUCACUGGACUGGUCUGAUAACAAUGACAGUUCCUGCUAUGUGGAUGCCAGCACCAGACCCACUAUCUUGCUGUUACCUGGCCUCACCGGAACAAGCAAGGAAUCCUACAUCCUUCAUAUGAUCCGUCUCAGUGAAGAGUUAGGAUACAGGUGUGUGGUUUUUAAUAACAGAGGAGUGGCUGGGGAGAAUCUCUUGACACCACGGACUUACUGCUGUGCGAACACUGAAGACCUGGAGACAGUCAUCCACCAUGUCCACAGCCUGUACCCUUUGGCCCCAUUUCUGGCAGCAGGAGUGUCAAUGGGAGGAAUGCUGCUUCUAAAUUACUUGGGCAAAACUGGGUCGAAGACUCCUUUGAUGGCAGCUGCGACAUUUUCAGUUGGCUGGAAUACUUUCGCAUGUACCGAGUCACUGGAGAAACCCCUGAACUGGCUGCUGUUUAAUUACUACCUGACAACUUGCCUCCAGUCUUCAGUUAAGAGGCAUCAGCACAUGUUUGUCAAAGAGAUUGACAUGGACCAGGUCAUGAAGGCUAAGUCUAUUAGAGAGUUCGAUAAACGAUUCACCUCAGUCAUGUUUGGAUACCGCACAAUUGAUGAUUAUUACACCGAUGCCAGUCCAAACCGCAGGCUGAAGUCAGUGGGGAUCCCAGUGCUGUGCCUAAAUGCUGUGGAUGACGUGUUCUCACCCAGCCAUGCUAUCCCAAUAGAAACUGCUAAGCAAAACCCUAAUGUGGCUUUGGUCCUUACUUCUUACGGCGGCCAUAUUGGUUUUCUGGAAGGAAUCUGGCCCAGGCAAUGCACUUACAUGGAUCGAGUCUUCAAGCAAUUUGUGCAAGCCAUGAUCGAGCAUGGACAUGAACUCUCCACCAUGUAGCUCCUUGGCUGCAUUAAGUCUGAACCACCACUGUUAGCACUUGAGUUUAGUGCACAAAUUUUAACUACUGAGUGUCAAGCUGAUAAGCCAGCAGGCGGUGAAGAGGUCCAGUGAUGUGCAAAACUACUUUUUAGGGAAACAAAGCAACUUUGUAGCAAGAAACUAAAGAUAGUUUAGAUUGUUACUGUUGUAGAUCUUAUUUUUACUCUGCCUUACCAAGUAUGACCUUAAAUUAAGUAGUCCUUAAAAACAUGAAUUGCACUUAACCAAAACUAUUGUGUAAAAGAUUUUAAUUCCUCAGGGUUUUAAUUUAGGCUGGUAUUUUUAGAUUACUCAGUUUAGUGACAUAAUAGUAUGUUAAUAACUUAAGAGAUUUUGAUGACUUGAAUGUAAGUGUUAAGAGGGGCAUUCAUGAUAACAUGAAACUGAAAAGGGGUAAAUGACUCUUCACUAAGUGUCUGUUCUGUCUGUAAAAUGUAAGUGCAACAAUGUGAGACAGACUUCUCUACCUGCUCUUCUAUUCGGAUAAUAUUAAAUUAGGGCUGAUUUAUGUUUUAUAAUUAUUAUCAUCUCCAUGCUUAUUUUUAAAAUAGUACAUGUGCAUAUGUAUAUCAUUAUAUUAAAAUAAAUUCUACCAUUUUAAA